GGAGAAAAUAGACGACGGACCGCGUUGCGUUGUAAAGCAAAAAGCACGCGCGCAGGCCGCGUAGUAGGGCACCGUGUGUUUUUGCGGGCCGUCGCGAAGGAUGUCGUCGAUCUAAACGACCAGUCGUCGUCGCGCACGCUCGCGCAACAUGUCUCAGUGUUUUCGCACACUGCCCGGACGGCUGUCGUCGCUCGUCAGCGGCGGCGGCGGCCGAAAACCGCUGUCGAAGCUCGACCGUCUUCAGCUGCAGCUGCAGAAGAACGUCGAGUCGUCCGCCUUCCUGAAGCAGUUCUUGGGUACACAGAGAGCAUUGUCCGUAAGAGCAAAUACCGCAGGCAAAUCGGUACCUUUUGUGGGAUGUACAUUGCCUCCAAAUUUAUCCCUGGCUUAUCUCGACGUUCACAAUCAAUGGAAUGAAAAGCCACGCAAACGACACGCUGACGACGAGAGCAAGAGCGCAAUGACGUAUUGGGUCCAGAACCCACGCAAACCGCACAAGACACAGAGGCUCAGCGUUGCCUUCUUGAAAAGCAGGAAACACGUAGCUCCCAUAGGAAUCGCAUCGGACAACGUUGAAAUAUUUCAGGCACAAAGUGUUGUAGGAAAUUAUAAAGAUAAAUCAUUUCUAGAUAAUGAUAGGAUUUGUUUAGAAAGCUUACACAGUAGUCAAGAAACAAAUAUUAACAAAAGUAUCGUAUUUACCUCCGAUGAUACGAGCACUCUAAAGACGAGCCCGCAACAGUCGUCACCGCGAGAAAACGAGGGUAAACCAUCGCAGGAACAAUUGCAAUCCAUAGUCGAUUGUCUUAGUCAAGAUUUACCAAAGCUGUUUGUGAAACCUCAGAAUUUUUCGAUAUAUACCGAUGAUAUAAUUUUUAUCAAUAAUAUUAGGGGAGUAACGACGAGGGGACUUACGAAUUAUGCGAAACAAUUGAUACUGUUAAGGUGCGUUGGACAUAUAAAGUUUGCACACGUCAAGUUUGACAUCAUGAAGAUCACAAUGCAUCCUGAAAACAGUACCGUGCAGGUUCGUUGGCGUAUACGAGGUGUCACAGGCUGGAAGGUAUUUUCUAUGUUUUGGAAGUAUAAAGUUUGGAAAAUACAUGAUGCCAUAAGCGCUGACCAGGAAGUAUGGUACGACGGCUUUUCUACUUUUUACGUUAAUGCUGAUGGGAAAGUUUAUAAGCAUAUUGCGGACAAGAUGAUGCCCGAUCAGGAUACAGCCACGAAAAAGGAAGACCUACGCAUGGCACCGAAAUUAGCGCUAUUCACAAGCCUUACAAACAUAUUCAGUAACAACGAGGAUUCUUUGAAUUGAGCUCCGCCUUAAAAUUGCAUCAAUUAAAGUGAAUCCACUGCUGAAUGCUAGAAUUACACGAUUUUAUCCGUCACAACGAAUAAACCAAGAGGAAUGCUUUUUCCACGAAUCGAUGGUUUUGAAUGUUGCUGGCGUAUCCAUUUCGUUACAAAUGCAUCAUUGUGAAAUGAUGACUGGUAGUAAAUAAGAGAUAUGUGAAUUAAAAAGAUGUACAUUACCUAAACAGUAUCUUUGUAUGAUUACAAACUACCUACAUCUGGUUUUUUAAUUGUCUUAUUGUUAGUAGUGACAAUAUCCGAAUAAUUUUGCGUUAGUAUUUCUGUAAGAAAACAUGAUUAUAGACGAUUUUUGGCGAUCGUUUGGUACAUAUACCAAAGUUGCUAUCGGUGGUUGCUAUUGGUUCUGGUGCAAUUUGGUGCCCUUUGGUUGCUUAUACCAGAGUCACGCCAAAAAUCGCCUUAUACUACAGUAUAUUUGAAAAAUGUUGGAAAAUGAGACGAUUGUUUAAUAGAGUUAACGAAGCACCCUGUGUAUCAUAGCAUCUAUUUGCUUCGCUUCUGUGGACUGUUAUAACGCGUAAGAUAACAUGAUUAAAGUAAUGUUUAUUAAAUA